AAUAAAAUAUCCUUACUUUUGUAUUUAAUUAUUAGCAACUUUCUCCAUUCAAUUAUUCGUAUUCUGUUUCUGUUACCAAACUCAGACACUGAACAGCCAAAAUACCAAAACCAUUGCCACUUUUUUUAUUUUUCUUGUUUCUCACCUCCCAAACAAUUUCUAGGUCUUUCUUCUUCUUCUUCUUCUUAAAUCUAGUCCCGCCAUGGAUGCUAUUCGAAAGCAGGCCACCAAACUCAGGGAGCAAGUCGCAAGACAACAGCAGGCGGUGUUGAGACGAUUGGGAACCUUAAGUAAUGAUGCUGCUUUGGUUGAUGAAGCUGAACUCAUGUACAACCAACAACUUCAAAAUUUAUACAACUCCACAAGGGCAGCUAAGCAUUUUCAGCGGAAUAUUGUUCGUGGAGUUGAAGGAUUCAUAUCCAUCAGCUCAAAGCAAAUGGAGAUAGUAAAAAAGUUGGCUGAAGAUUGUUGCAAGUAUGGAGAUGCAAAUCAAUUCAAUCAUUCUCCCCUUGCUAGAGCCUCUACUUACUUUGGUACCUCUCAUAAUUAUAUAGAAAAGGAGAGAGAAUCUUUGCUUAAGGUUCUUGGGGAUCAGGUUUGUGAGCCACUACGGGCACAAAUAAAUGGAGCUCCUUUGGAAGAUGCUCGUCACUUGGCUCACCGUUAUGAUAAACUGCGUCAGGAUGUGGAAGCCCAGGUGGCUGAAGUAUUGAGGCGCGGGUCAAAAUCUAAGGUCCCUUCUGUAUCUGAGGAGAGUGUAAUUAAGCUUCAAAAUGCAGAAGGAAGAUUGGAUGAGCUUAAUUCUUCUAUUAUGGCUCUUGGUCGAGAAGCAACUGCAGCUAUGUCGUCAGUUGAGGAGCAGCAGCAAAAGAUGACAUUCCAUACACUUUUUACCAUGGUUGAUGCUGAGAGAUCUUACCACCAGCAUGCUCUUACUAUUCUGGAAAAGCUACAUGCUGAGAUGACUAUGGAGAAUCAACCACAAGAAUUUUCAUCAUCACCAUCAGUGAAAGUGCACAAAGAUGUCCACGAAUGGCUUGGACACCAGGACAGUAAAUCAAAUGGAUUUGAUGAUCAUGGACACCUAAAUCAAGAUGAUAUUUUAUUUAUUGCUAAAGUUAUACACCAAUUUGAUGCUCAAGCAGAUGGGGAGUUGAGUCUAUCCAUUGAUGAUUAUGUUGUGGUUCGCCAGGUGACCCCUAAUGGCUGGUCUGAAGGAGAGUGCAAGGGGAAGGCUGGAUGGUUUCCCUCUGCUUACAUACAACAGCAAGAGAAAGCUCCAGAAAGCAAAAUAGUGUAAGCAGAGGUUUGAAGUGAUCUUUGUGGUUUUCCUUAGUUAAAUUUUGUUUAAAUUUUUGUAUAUUCUCUUUCUUGUCUUGUAUGUUAGAUUCAGUUUUAUUGACUUUAUGUAAAAUAUUGUGUAUACUAUGUACAAGAAUCUAUAUUUGAUUUAAUUUGUCUAUGAAAGUUGUGCGUUUGAUUA